CAUGUUUGAACUCUGUUUGUUUUACUUUAUUAUGACUACUGCCAAACUGCAGUUUGCGUACAAAAGAGGAGCAGACACAAUAAUAGCAGUCAGGAUGAGACUCUUGGGUGCGAAGGAGUCCAUGAUUCUUUUUAUGUUGAUUUUGGCUCAAGGCUUUGAGUACUCCAGGACAUGUAAAUGUGAUCAGAAAUAUUUUUGCAAUUGCUCCUCAAAUCAACUCCAACAGGUCCCAAAGGUUCCAGCGAAUGCUCUUGGCCUUGACCUGUCUUUCAAUCAAAUUGUGUCUAUUGACAUCAAUGAUCUCAGCCCUUAUAUUGCGCUGAAAACCCUAAACUUGCAUAAGAACAAGCUCAAGUUUAUACACAAGGAGGCGUUCAAAUCUCAACGUAAUCUGAAAGUUCUCGAUCUGUCCUUAAACAACCUGAAAAAACUGUUUUCGUCUUGGUUCCAUGAGCUACAAUCUCUUCAGCAAUUGAACCUUGUAGGAAACCCAUACUCCACCUUGGGACCUGCUUCCAUCUUCCAUUCUCUCAUUAACUUGAGGACGCUGCAAAUUGGCAGUCCAUCGCUGAGGAAGGUACACAAGAAUGGCUUAGAAGGGCUCACUCAUCUGGAAGAGAUUACAUUUAUUGGCAGUAACCUGAGAUCGUAUGAAAGCGGGGGCUUGAAAGCAGCCCGUCCCAUCGGUUUAGUCUCUUUGAGCCUUCAGAAUCUCUUUCAGAACGAUCCAGAACUUGUCUCUAAGGUUCUUCAAGAUGUCUCUCACCCUGAAACUCUUCUGACUAUCAAAGAUGUCACACUCAGUACGAGCACUUCGACAGAACCCUUCAAAGCGGUGAGAGAAGGUGGGACUAAAAGCUUGAGUUUCCAAAAUAGCAGCACAAGCGAUGAAGCGAUCACCUUUUUUUUGCAGGUCAUGGAUGGUUCUCCUUUGUCUUAUUUAGGUUUAAAAGAUGUACAUUUAGUUGGUGAAGGGUGGUGGCAGAAUGCUUCGUACACACAUUAUGAAAACUUACAUACUGCCUACAUAUGUAAUCUUGACAUCCGAGGGUUCUUUGUGUUUAGUAGCAUGACCCAGUUGGGAUUUCUCCUGGUGCAUCUCCAUAAGGUGUCUGUGAUCAACAGCACAGUGUUUGUCAUUCCUCGGGAAACUACUUUUUUGUUGAAAAAUCUUGAAUACUUGGACCUUAGUCAAAAUCUCCUGUCAGACCUGACAAUCGAACCGACCUUAUUUACAGGUUUUGGCGCAUAUCAAAACCUCAACACCCUAAAUGUGAGCCAGAACGUGUUAAAAUCUCUUGGGCUGAUGUCUCGGUUGGUAACUAAUCUUAAGAGGCUCAUAUUUUUAGACUUAAGUCAUAAUAGUUUUGUUUCUAUGCCAGAAAAGUGUAGCUGGCCAUCGACUCUCAGGUUUCUGAACCUUUCCAGCACAAAGCUACGUACGAUGACUGCUUGCCUGCCUUCUACCUUGACGGUUCUGGAUCUCAGCGAAAAUGAUCUGAUGGUUUUCAACCAAAGAUUUCCUCAACUUACUACACUUAUAUUGACAGGCAACCGAUUUAUGAAACUACCACAGGGGGAAUUACUUCCGAGGCUCCAUACGCUGCUUAUCCAAAGGAACGCCUUGCGCAUGUUCAACGGGAGCUCUUUGAGGAGGUUUCAAAACCUGCAAUACUUGGAGGCGGGUAACAACAAUUUUGUGUGCUCCUGCGAGUUUGUAUCUUUCUUCAAACAAGAUGUUGACCAUUUCGUUACACUUCGAGAUGGUCGUUGCAAUUAUGUGUGCGACACUCCAUUCACUCUCAGAGGUUAUGCUAUUGAAAGUGUCAGAUUGUCGGUCUUCGAGUGUUAUAUGAUCCCUGCUGUCUCAGUGCUUUGUUCUGUGAUUAUCAUAGUGCUUGGACUUAUUGUUGUCACCUGCCAUAAGCUUCACGUUGUAUGGUACCUGCAGAUGACUAAAGCAUGGAUACAAGCCAAACGAAAACCUGCAGUUGGUCGACUGGCCGGAGAGAUCCGCUAUGACGCUUUUGUAUCCUACAGUCAACAUGACGCCGAGUGGGUCGAGGAGAUCCUCGUUCCAGAGCUGGAGAGUGCUCAGCCUUCGUUCGCCCUGUGUUUGCACAAGCGGGACUUCCGGCCGGGCCGCUGGAUCAUGGACAACAUCAUCGACUCGAUUGAGAAGAGCCAUCGGACUCUCUUUGUUCUGUCUGAGCACUUUGUUACCAGCGAAUGGUGUCGUUACGAACUGGACUUCUCACAUUUCCGCAUAGUCGAUGAGCACAAUGACUCCGCUGUCCUAGUACUUCUAGAGCCAAUCAAGAAGGAGACCAUCCCCAAUCGCUUCUGCAAGCUACGGAAGAUUAUGAACUCCAGGACGUAUCUGGAGUGGCCCGAGGAUGAGGAAAAGAGAGGCGAGUUCUGGAGCAAUCUGAGAGCCGCCCUUCAGAGAGAUGAAUGUUGA